AUGACACCAGAAGUGCGGACUGCCCAGUCCAACCCAUUCGCUGCACCAAAAUCAUCACCAGGCCAUGGCACGAUCCAUCUGGCCCUGCUUCCUCCCAAUACGCCCAAGUUGCGUACCAUAAACUACCAGUACCCAUUGAAGUUGGUCUCGCCUGCUCCAUCAAGGACAGAGAGCGAUCAGAGUCACUUGAUUCACACUGUCUACUUACUCACGUAUGGAGGUGGCCUGGUAGCUGGAGACGCCAUCGACCUUCAUGUCAUCCUCGAAUCAGCAACACGUCUGAUCCUCCUGACACAAGGGAGCACGAAACUCUUCAAGUCGCCGGGUCGCGAGGUCCUGAGCAAGCAAUCUACGACAGUGACUCUUGCUCCUGGCUCAGCACUUUGCUACCUACCGGAUCCGGUCCAGCCGUUCGAAAAAAGCAACUUCAGGCAACGGCAGGUGUACAAUAUAAGCCUGCCUGAAUGGACUAGUGCAACUUCUGCGAGCAUGUGUGUCCUUGACUGGGUCUCCAGCGGACGGCCUGCCAACGGCGAGAACUGGUCUUUCUAUCAUUACGGCAGCCACAAUGAAGUGUAUCUUUCUCACGCAAACGGACAGCGAAAGCUCCUUCUGCGAGACAAUUUGCUGCUCGACGAUCAGACUCUAGGCGACAGCGUUGCACAUCGCAUGGACGGUCUCGCAGUCUACGGGACUCUGAUUCUGUACGGCAAGCUGUACAUGUCACUUGGCCAGCACUUCAUGAGCGAGUUCAAGCUCCUGCCACGAAUUGGCGGCAGGAAGUGGGACAGCGGCAGCGACAGUGGAGAAGAUGAAGUUGAUCCUUUGGCGGAAAAGCGAGCUGAAAGGCAUCGGUCAGAGGCGCAUGGCGGUGUGCUGUGGUCAGCUGCAUCUGUGAGAGGCUGUGUUGUGGUCAAGUUCGGCGCGCCAGUGCUGGAGGCUGCACGGCGCUGGCUGCAUGAUAUGCUAGCGCAUGAGGGCACUGUGGUCCGAGAAUUUGGACAGAGAUCUUUGUUGUGCUUGCGAUGA